AUGCUUCGUCGAGCUCUGCCUUUCUGCUGCGACCGAGGUCGAGGACGAGGACGAGUCCGAGGACUAUUACGUCGUGUACGGAGUGCAGGAGGAGGAAGCAACGGCCCGCCUCCAGCCAGCAACCCAGCGGUUGAUACGCGAGAUGCCAAUGAUGCCAGUGUUAGACAGCAGGAUAACAGUCUCGCAUGUCCAGCAGACAUUCCUAUGCCCCAGCCCGACUUCGCAGCACUAUCAUCAUCAUCAUCAUCAUCAUCAAUAUCCAUAUCAUCGCCAACAUCAACUUCAACACCCUCUUCAAGCUACCUCUCGCAGUCCUACUAUACCGUAGUCGAAUAUUCCCAUUACUCACCAGCCGAAAUUCUCACCCUGUACACACUGACACCUACAAUCACAACCGCACCCACAAACCCAGGCUCAUAUCUUGGUCCAGAUCCCUAUACCAUCAGCAGCGACACGCCAACUCCAGACUGGACCACCACAGCCAGCAGCAGCAGCAGCAGCACAGUGCAGCCAUCUGGGUAUUUCCCGGCCACGACCCCGGAACACUGGCUCUCAGCAAGCGGAGACCUGGCUGGGUUUGCGGCUGCGGAUCCACGGUACUUUUACGUCCCGGAGCCUGAACCUGAUAGGAGACUAUAG